UUCUGGGUUUGAUUACAGGCUCGAAAUGGCCAGAAACAAAGACAUUUCUUCUGAAACCUGUCAGUCUAUUCUUAGAAUGUAAAUCACAGAACAUAUAUGUAGUGGCAGCUGCAGAGAAGUAGAUGGGCUUACAAGAUCUGACUUCAGAAGAGUUACAGGGGUGUGUUGAGUGGUGGUGUCAGGAAUAGAUAUGGUCCAAGUAGUGGAAUGGGGAAGUGAGUUUUUAAUUUAGUGUAGACUUAGUUGGAAUGGUGUUUUAUUUAAAAAWUUUCCCAUUUUGUAUCACAGUAUAAUGGAUUUAUAUUAUAGUCCAGUUGGGGGCGCUAAUGCAACAUAUUGGAUGCCAACCGCCGUUAAACCCCGAAGAAGAAGUUAACAUUACAGAAGUUAAUGAAAUGGCUUCGCUGUCGUUCGUUCGAGGCGCUCUACUCGUGUCGUUUUCAGUUCUUUUGACAGUAGUUCUGGGGUUCGGGCUCCCAGCGUUGCUGAAUGCUGUUGCUAAAUGCUGUGGUUUUCCUGAGACCAGCGUGACAGAGUGCAUAGUCGGGGUGUAUUUCAUUUUUGUACUCUAUGUCGCGACACCACGGAUACCCAGAGGAUCGAUAGAGGUAAAGGGAAAGGCAGUAUUCAUCACAGGCUGUGACACUGGGUUUGGUCAUGCCACGGCUAAGCACCUCCACAAACUGGGCUUCACUGUCUUCGCUGGAUGUCUGUUCAAGGAGAAGGGUGGGGAGGGGUCUAUGGAGCUGGAGGGGAUGCAGUCAGAUCGGAUGAAGGUGCUUCAGCUGGAUGUCUGCAGUGAGGAACAGGUGAACAGAGCUGUGGAGUACGUUAACACACACCUGGACGACUCACAGAGAGGUCUGUGGGCGGUGCUGAACAAUGCAGGUGUGUCUACGUUUGGUGAGGUGGAGUUUACGACCAUGGAGACUUACCGCCAGGUGUCAGAGGUCAACCUGUGGGGGGUUAUCAGGGUCACCAAGGCCCUCCUGCCCCUCAUCCGUAGGGCCAAAGGUCGUGUGGUCAACCUGGCCAGUAUGUAUGGGCGUGGGCAUGCCCUGCGUUCUCCAUACUGCGUGUCUAAUAUGUGUGAAGCAUUCUCCGACUGUCUACGUUACGAGAUGAAGGCCUUGGGGGUCAAGGUCUCCAUCAUCGAGCCGGGGAACUUCAUUGUGGCCACGGGCAUCCUGACCCGGGACAUUGUGGCGACCACGGCUGAUAAACUGUGGCGCGAGGCGCCCCGUGUCCAGGAGGACUAUGGCCACGCCCACUUCGACAAACACAUGGCUCUGAUGAGGUCAUACUGUAGCAGCGGACAGAAGGAUGUCCAACCCGUCCUAGAUGAAAUCACCGACGCCAUCACGUCACGCCGCCCGUUCACGCUUAACCCCAUGGAGCCUCAUUGGUGGAUCAGGAUGCAGGUGAUGACCACACCUACCGCGCCGACAUCUCCGACCGUCUCUACUUCUGAGACUAGGAGAGAUCUCCGACCGUUCUACUUCUGA